AGUACUUGUACCGACAUCAGCUGAAGUUAUUGUUUGUGGUUCUCUGUAUUAGAUUAAAAGAGGAUGAGCGCUGUGUCGGCAAGAGAUUGUGGAUGCACCCAAUACUUUGCAGACGAAAGGAACAUGGAGAAUACUACAGAUUGGUUAGGGAGAUGAGAAUGGAAAGAGAAGCCUAUUUUAAACAGUACUUCCACAUGACACCAUCUACAUUUGACCGUCUUUUGAAUAUGAUAGAGAGCAAGAUUGUGAAACAAACUACAAAUAUGCGUGAACCAAUUCCGCCUGAGGAACGACUUGCAGUCACUUUGAGAUAUUUGGUGACGGGGGAUUCAUAUCAGACCAUCGGGUUCUCUUACAGGAUUCAUAAAACGACCAUAUCGCGAAUUAUUCCAGAAACCUGCGCUGCAAUAUGGGAUUCCCUGCAGCCUGUGUUCAUGGCAGUCCCAAGUGAAAAUCAGUGGAAGAUUAUUGCAAACGAUUUUAAACAAUUAUGGCAAUUUCCAAACUGUGUUGGAAGUAUUGAUGGGAAACAUGUUGUCAUACAAGCUCCUGCAAACAGUGGUUCAUCAUUUUUCAACUAUAAAAAAACUUUCAGUCUGGUACUGCUUGCAGUUUCAGACGCAAAGUACAGAUUUAUUUACGUGGAUGUUGGAGCGUAUGGACGGCAGAGUGAUGGGAAUGUUUUUGCUUCAUCAUCUUUUGGAAAAAAAACUCCUGGAUGGUUCAUUAGACCUGCCAAAAAGCACCAUAUUGGAAGGGAUGAUGGAGCCACUACCACACGUUUUUCUUGGUGACGAGGCUUUUCCCUUGAAAACCAAUUUGAUGCGUCCUUUUCCAGGUACCGGAUUAUCAAGAAGGUCCCGUAUUUUCAACUAUCGCCUCUCGAGAGCUCGCAGGGUUGUGGAGAAUGCCUUUGGCAUUAUGGUAUCUCGAUUCAGAAUUU